ACGCGCGUCCGCCGCGCGCACGUCUCCGCCGCGCCCGUUCGCUCGUCCGGCGCGCUCUCAAACGCACCCUCGCGUCCGCGCGCGCGUCGCCGGACCAGACCUCGCACGCGGCCUCGCGCCCCGCCCGCGACCGCGCGAGAAAAAGAUGGCGACGUUAUCGUCGGGCGCGACGCGAAGCCUCGCGCGCGGGACGCGCGCGCUCCGGGGCGGCGCGUCGCGUCGCCGCGCGCGACCGACGCCGACGCCGACGCGCCACCGCCGACGCGGGACGCCCGCGAUGGCGUUCCUCCCGAACCUGAUCCCGAACCCGAACUACCGAUGGGGCGACGACGAGAACCCGUCCGGCCCGCCGCGCGGCGGCACCGUCGACGAGGUCCUCUUCGCGCACGACAAGUGGAGGGUCGGCCACGAGCACGGCGUGGACGACCACGACGUCAUCUACCGCUCGUUUCGAUGCCGCGACGCGAAAACCGGUCACGCGUUGCUCGAGUCUCUGCAAGACGCGCUGUACUCGGACAACGAGCGCGGGUGCCGCAUUCGAAGGGAGACGCAGGGGAUGUUCUACAUGUGCUGCGACGGCGUCCGCGUGCGUCUGAACGAGCCGAAGCACGAGGUGCUGGUGGAGGUGCCGAUGCCCGCGGAGACAAACGCGCAGCUGGCGGAAUGUCGGAAGACGCUCGGGACGGUGGAGACCGUCGCGAAGAAGCACCACUCGCGGUGACGCGACGUGACGCGACGUGGCGAAGCGCCACCCGCGCGCGGCGUGAUUGGUUGUUGGAUGCCACGUGGCGGGCGGGCGUCGAAUCGCGCGCGUCGCGCUCGCUGCUAGACCUCAUCGUGUGAUGAUACAGUAAGGUUACGUUCGCGCUCAAAGUCGUCACUUCGUGAUGACCGAGCGCGGCGUUAUCGCUU